AUGCAAGUUUGGAAUGUCUUAUACGACCCGCUCGAAUUCCCCGAUUCCCUUUAUCAUACCGCAUUGCCCCUAGUGGAUCAGACAGCGCAGAACAAGAUCACAAGGUUUUAUCGCCGCGAAGAUGCUUGUCGAUCGCUCAUUGGCAAUCUUCUUCCCAGAGUCUUGCUCCAGAAACGUGGCGUGGACAAAGAUGACAUGACUUUUGCAACCACUGAUACGGGGAAGCCAUACUGUACAACUCCUGGAGUAGAUCCUCCAUUGGCUUUCAAUGUUACUCAUGAUGAAGGCGUCAUCGCCAUGGCGUUCGGAACGGGCGACUUGGGACCUCCGGCAUUCAACAUAGGAGUUGAUGUCAUGAAACUCAAAAUUCCUCCACGGACUACUUUUACUGAAUUCGUUGACAUCGUCGACAGUCAGCUCACGACUCGAGAAAAGAAUUUAAUUCUUGCUGAUGUCACUGAGGAAGAGGCGAUUCGCAGGUUUUACUGCAUAUGGACCUUGAAAGAGGCUUAUACCAAGGCUCUUGGGAUUGGCCUCGGCUUUGAUUUCAGAAGGAUAGAAUAUGAUGUUGUGGAGGAGAAAGUGUCCGUCGAUGGAGAACCUGUGAGAGGAUGGCAGUUCUUGAAAUUUGAACUGCCACAUUGUGGACAUAAUUAUGUCGGCUUCGCCGCAAAGUUCGUUGGAGGGCGGGGAACAAGCAUAUCAGAACUGAGUGAAGGGUGUCUCGUUUGCUAUGAUGCUGUAUCAUUUGUUAACCGUGCGAUCGAAGAAAUGAGCUAG